AUGCCUCUUCCAGAAGGUCCCGUACCAAUCUACCGCAUUGAUGUCGCUUUGUCGCCCGAGCAUCGAUACGACGAGGUAGCGCGCGAUUUCGCGCCGCAGAUGCGCGAUGUCACCAACAUCUUCGACGACCUGCUCGCCUCCAUAUUCAAGUAUCCUCUCCUGUGCCGCGCCGUGAAAUUUCUCGCCAGGUCGCUACUGCGCCGAUUGAACGAUGACGAACAGAAUCGAGAAGCGCGGAGCAUCGCCAAGGUGGCAGGUGUAGACCUCUAUCUCGUCGUUGCUCUCAACGUCCUGCUCGAUUCACUGAUGGGCUGCACAGCGGGAUGCAUCCUGACCGAGCCCCAUCGUCCCAAGGCUUCCGAGAGGAACGGACGGCUGAUGCACUUUCGUACACUCGACUGGGCCAUGGACCCCUUGAGGGAGCUGCUUAUGAUUGCCGAGUUUGUCGACUCGCGCGAGGACCCCAACCGGGUCAUCGCGCGGUCCGUCACGUACGCCGGCUUUGUUGGAACGUUGACGGCUGUCAGGCCUGGCCUGUCUCUGUCAUUGAAUUAUCGGCCCACACAUGAAGGCUCGAAGCUUGCACUGCGUAAGCACCAGAUCCUUGUACUCUUUGGGCUACGGCCGUCUAUCUCGUCCAUCUUACGAUCGGUCAUUCUCAAUCCACGCCGCUGGCCACUCUCUCAAACACCAUUGAACGACAACGCACCAACUCCGCUCGUCUCGUUGGUAAACCAACUGGCCAAGGAAGCAACGUCUCCAUGCUACCUGACGCUCUGUGACGGAAAAGAGUCGGCCGUCAUCGAGAAAGACGUCCACACUGGCAAGGUCAAGACCUCGAACCAGUUCAUCGUACAAGCCAACCACGAUACCCACGGCUCGCGCUGUUGCGGGCCGAAGCCGAGCCCCGACUCGGAUCCGAGCGAGCCGCAAACGACCCUCCUCGGCGCCGAGCUCUUUCUGGAAGACUCAAAUGAGCGCAUGGACAUGAUGCAGCAGCAGUGGCUGCUGCAUACGGUCGGUAGUAGAAAUGACAGCCAACACGAGACAGAGAAGGACGAGCCCAACGGCCAGUGUCUCGGAGAGGGAAUUGAGCAUCGAGAAGUGCGGCCCACAAAGGGUGUGAGAGAAAAGGCAUUACAGGCUUGGAUGAUGGAGUUUCCCAUCAUCAAUGAGUGCACGCAUUACGCCUGCAUCAUGGAUCCCCAGACAGGGGGUAUCCGAUGGAUUGAACGAGGGACGAUUGAGUUUGACCCUGAGAACCCACGUUUUUAG